AGUUUCCCCGAAGUUCCACUGGUGCCAGAUCAUCGUACUCAGAGCCUCGUAAUUACGGUUUCUAAGCCAUAGAUAUUACCAAAAAGCACCAAUAAUUAACUACUUUACCGAUAUCUAUUUAUAAAGGCAGUUAUUGGGGUCGAGGAAGCAGUUUUUGGGUCGGAAAUCGGCAAAAAUAUGAGGCUGAAUACGGCAAUCUGGCAACGUUGAUGAAGGCGGCCAUCUUGUUCCUGCUUUGGGGGAACUUUUGUUGUGGCUUGCUCGCGUCAACAUUACAGCCAUAUAUGAUGUCUGACGACGUGGUGUGGCCCAGAAGUGUGGUUAAAACCCUGUGCAAGUUGGCAGAAGAGCACAGAUGCCUCUGGGACCGGAGAGAUGCUGCUUACCUCAAUCGGAAGCUUCGUAUGGGGCUCUUCAAUAAAAUAGCCAUGGAACUCAAGACUCAGUACCCAAUAAUGGUCGCUUUGACUGGAGAUAAAGUUCGUGUCAAAUUUAAGAAGCUAAAGUCGUACUUCAUCAGAGAGCACAGAAAGAUACAAUCAGCACCAAGUGACUUAGCAGGCAAGAUAUCUACCAGAUGGGAAUUUUACGACUGGCUUACAUUCCUGUCUGCAAAUGAUGAGGAACUCUUGUUGGAGACAAGCUGGUCGGGACCAACACACCAUAAGAACAUCAUGACCAAUAACCCGUGGUCGAGAAGCGUGAGAGUAUCCCUGUGUGAGAUUGUAGGGAGGCACAGAAGCCUUUGGGACUCGCACCACCCUGACUACCUCAUACCCAAGAUACGGAUGAAGGAGUACUCCAAUGUGGCCCGGGAACUGGAGGCUCGCCACCCAGGAAUGGGCAGCUUGACGGAAGACAAAGUUCGUUCAGAAUUCAACAAACACAAGUCGUACUUCAUCAGAGAGUACAAGAAGCUACAAGCAGCAGACUCAGGAGGCAAGCCGUCAAAAUGGGAGUUUUAUGACUGCCUCACAUUCCUGUCUGACCAUGCUGAGGAAACCUUGGCAAAGGAAAAGUGGUCAGGACUGUCAGAAACCAAGGCUACAGCAGCUGGCGGGGAUUCAAGGGACUCCAUUGCCUGGUCUUCAGAGGCAACGCUCUCUCUGUUGGAUAAAGUACAGGAAGAAGAAGCCAUCUGGGAUACUAGACACCCAUCUUACUACGAGAAGAACCUGAAGAGAGCCGUGUACGAGGAACUGUGCACCAAGAUGAAAGAGGAAUAUCCGUCCCUCAACAACCUCACAGCAGACGAUGUGGUUGCCAGAUUCGCACACCUGCGCAGCCAUUUCCAGAAGCAACUGCAGGAAAUAGAUGAGGCACCUCUUGGGUCAGCUGGGAGAUGCAUGACCCGCUGGGAGUACUUUGAGGCAUGUUCCUUCCUCCUCCCUGUGUACUGUCAUGAUAUGGGCGUGUCAAACUUCCAGCUGCCCUCAAGCCACACAGGGGACCAAGUUGUGUAUGUGGAUAUGCUGGAGGAUCCUCUUGACACUGGUGAGGCUCCUGAAGGUGUUGAUUCUCCACCCUCUCCAUCCUCCACCACCCCUGCACCCUCUCCACCACCUCCCACUUCUGAGGCUCCCGCAGCGCCUGGGGACAUGUCGAAGCCUGCUGUGUCGCCUUCCUCAGCCCCUCAGUGCUCAAAGAAGAGGGUAGUUGAGCAGGACACACCCCAGGGCCGGCAGGGGUCAUGUGUCCCUACCUUACCAAGACCUGCCACACGUACCAUGAGUUUAAAGAGACGCAGAGAGACAGACAGGAAGGAUUUGAUGCUGGAAUCAAUAUUAAAGACAGUGAAGCGUGUACACAGCUUGGCACAGUCGUUAGAGAGCAGAGAAGAGCCUACCAAACUUGAUCUAGCCUCACAGACCGUUCUAUCCAUCAUGCAAUACAUCCCAGACUCACAUCAGGACCUUAGGAAUAAAUUUAUCGGUAAGGUGAUGAGCUUGGCAGCAGAAACUGUGGCAGAGUACAACGGCAGGAUAAGUGAAGGAAGGAAGGAGUCAUGAGCCUGGAUGCCAUGUCUAGACGGGGUAGGAAGGAAGUAUUUUUUCGUGCAUUCUAUGUUUGCAUUAACCCAGUGGUAGCUGCGGGGACCAUGUUUCUUAAUGGUCCCUCUAAGCGAGAAAAAUGAGAAAAAAAUCAUCACUCACACAAACCAUUUCAUAAUAUAUAUCAAAGCAUU